AUGGAUGCGCAAGACGAUGCCGUCAUCUCACAGGAGAACACUCCUCCUUUUCACCCUGUCUUGAACGAACACAGAGGCUACAACACAACCCCAGGCAAAGAGACUAACUAUGUCAAUGGGACGCACCAACCCCCCAGCGCCACCAAAGAAGUCAUCACCCACGACGAGGAGAGCGUCUUUUCAUUCCGCAAAAAGAAACCCUCAUCAAAACCCGUAAGUCCGUAUUCUACGCCCAAGAAGAGUAGCAGCACCCGAUCAACAUCCUCGUCGCAAGAGGAUCCUUCGCCGUUGCAGCGAUGGGAUACGAUCUGGAAGUGCUCUUGGAUCGUCCCUGCGCUUGUUCCCGUCAGCAACACCGCAGCCACCAACUCCUCAGCAAUGACGACAGCAGCAAGGAAAUCAACCACUGGUUUCCCACAACGGAAAUCAGCCUCCUUGAGCACUCGGCAGGCCGUCUUUGAUGGAAAAGGCGGGAUCAAGGUCCAGGGCACUGUCACUGAGCUGCCAGGGAUCGUGUUUGCGUUGCCCUCCUUAGGCGAGUUGUCGUUGCAGGAUCAGACUGCAACCAGGAGGGAGAAUGUCGAGAUGCAUUUGGUGGCGCGGAUCAGGAUCUGUACCUUCCCAAUCUUUCUCCUUGCUCCUGGAUGUGCCGAGCCCUGUCGCAUUUUCACAUCUCCGGAUUCACAGGCGUCUUCGCAGUUCUUGACUGAAAUGCUGAACGACGAGGAUAUUGCGUACAUGAGGGAGCAAUCUGCGGCAGGAGUUGAGACAGCGAUGGGAUCAAUUGGAUUGCUGUUACGUGUGGCGCCAAAGCAGGGACCGGUCGGGAAGAAGAAAGGUGCCUCAACCAACAAUUUGAAGCAGGAGAUCAAUCCAUUCAUGAUGCCCGUUGCCUUGGGGCCUUCAAACGAUGAACCCAAGACCGACCCUGCACCAACAGAAGAGAAAACAGGAUCACAGAGGAAACUGUUUCAGGAGACGAGCAUGUUUCUAGUCUACGGAGCGUUGGUCAAGGAGAAACAGCCAACUAGUCGACAUGCAGAGCCCAUCAUCUCGUUCUUUGCGUACCCACUUGUCGACCAAGCUAGCCUCAUGGACCACAUACUUCUCAACCCUCGUUCACUUGACAGAAUGAAACAGGAGACUGAAAAGACAAACGUCAAACAGGAGAAGGUGGCGGAAGACUUUGUCAGCUAUGAUGACCCAGUGGUGGACAGUAUCAUGAACGGCUGCGAUUCUGAGCAGGAGUCGGGAUACUCGUCGGAUCGGGCUACUCGCAAAGAUAUGGAUCUCGAUGAAGACGAUUCGUUACAUCAGGAGAUGGAGUUGCUACGGGCAAUCGAGAGAAACAAGUCAUGGGCACCAUAUGUCGUAACUUCGACAACAUUACCAUCACAGCUCCCAGGUCCAAAUUCAACAACUACGGAUUCUACAAACACAUCGACAACCACCUCCAAGGAGAUUAGGAAGGAGCGCAGUUUAUCGAGAGCGCAGACGAUGGACAACGUUGGCAUGUCAAGGAGGGAUGGUUCCAGUCGUUCCACAUCGGCAACUGCGUUAUCACGACAUCGCAGCAUGGAUGGUCAUGUAUCUGGGAGUGGAGGAAGUCUGGCGUCAGCUCUUGUUGGCGUCAGGUCUGGAAGUAGUGCUGGGGCGAGACCUGUCAGGAAGGGCAUCGGUCGGAUCAAAAGCCCAUCUCGUGCACCCCAAAAGCCUUUGGAUGUUACUACCGAGGGUCUGAGGCGCAAGUUGCUAGGCCCAGGAUCGAUCAGGAAGACUUUGACCAACACCACCAGCACAAUUGGAGGCGAAACUGAGGGCGGUGUUUCAAGGAGAACGUCAUUUUCGAGUAUGCAUAUCGGAAUGAGGAGCCCUUCAAGACGAGCGGCUGCUUCAGGGAGUCGUGGAUCGAGUUCUCCGUCAAUUGCGGAUGAUAUUCCGGAUCUGAUGACGAUGAUGAAGAUGAAGAAGCGGCAGAAUAUCGAGAGGGCUGCUCUUGCUGCCGCAACUGCUGGUGGUAAUGGAGAAGGCGACAACGAAGAUGAUCCGUUCUCGGCAUCGUCACCGCUGCGGUCAAGGGCGACGACGAAAGGCACAGCUGGUCGUGUUGGCGGCGGUAGCAGGAGUAGCGGUAGUGAUUCUGCUGGACACUCGAAUCCGUUUUUGGUGACACUGAAAAACAUCCAGAGUGAGGAGCGACAGGAUAUGGCAUCGGAACAGGAGCAGGAGCAGCAGGACCAGGGUCAGGGUGAUGAUGAAAUGUUUGAGGCCAAGCCUACCAAAGCCACAGCAACAGCAACAGCAACAGCAGCGGCGCCGCCACCUUCAACCCAGGCAUCUUCUAAUCAUUCACGAUCACAACCUGCACCCCUACCCGCUGCAUCAUCUCUGAUCGGCGAUGCACCUACUACGUCUACAUCGUCAAAGUCGAUCGAAUCCCGGAACCAAGCCACGAUCAAAGGGCUCACGGCGUCGGUGCUGUCAAAGAACAACAUUGGAUCUGACCACGAGGAGUAUGAAGAGUGUGCGGGUCAUCUCUACCGAACUGUUACCUUUGCUAUGCGCAAGGAUAUUACGACAAAAGUGUAUCAUCUUGAGGAAUUGGAGCGGCUCAUGGACAGGCACGCUUCGAUGAUGUAA